UGAGUGCAGUUUUUAUCUUGCUACCAACUGGGAUACUUGCACUUUUCCUGCUUUCACCCUCUGUCUAGCUGCCAGCACACUACGCAUCUGCACACAGCAAGAAUAAUGCUUCUUCUCUAUGGCAUUUGGGCACUGAUCACCUCAGCAGAGUUGGCAGUACUGGCUUCCUUGGAUGACCUCCAACAACAGUUUGUGUGCAUUGAUCAAGCCUGUUACUCUAUAUCCUGGGCAAGCAGAAAAUAUGCAAGAGCAAGAAGAGACUGUCAGGAUAACAAGCAGCACCUGAUGACAGUGAAAAACUCUGAGCAAACACAUGCAAUUUCUCUAUUAAUUUCCAAGGUGAAGUCGUAUAUCAAAGUCUGGAUUGGGCUGGAGCCCAUAAAGGGAUGCACAGAUCCGAAACUGCCAUUACGGGGCUUUACCUGGGUCACAGGAGACAGUUACCCUGCUUCUAUAACAUGGAAUGAUAAUGAACAGAAGUGUGCUACGUCCGGUGAUCUCUGUGUCACUGUGAACAAUAAUGGCACUUGUGAAGAGACUGAUUGCACAUCUAAAUCGAAUGGCUUGUUGUGUGAAUCAAGUCACUCAGCAUUCUGCAGCCCACUUACGUUACCGGAAGAUUACAAAGUAAUUUAUGUUCACCCUUCCCAUGGCAUAGGCCUUAGUCUGAGUAACUUCUACCCUCCAGGCACCAGUGUCCACUUAUCUCCAAACCAGGACGAUCUGUUCUGUGAAGAUAAAGAAGAUGGACAAGUGAAAUGGAACAGAAAGACCCCAGGAGCCUGGCCCUGUAUGAUAGAUAAUGGAGGGUGUGAUCAUGAAUGCGUGGUGGGAAAUGGCACCCCAGAAUGCAAGUGCCCCCAAGGAUCAAAGCUUAAGGAGGACAAAAGGUCAUGCUCAUUGUCUUGUGAUCCCACCCUGUGUAGCCGGUGCUGUGAUCCAACAUCAAUACCACUUAGUUCUCCCUACAGGUGCCCCGAGGGUUAUUACCUUGCAAAAGAUGGGAAGAUCUGUGUAAAUAAUGAUUGUGAAGCCCACCCCAAUAUCUGUGGGUACUACUGCACCAACAGCAGUGGCGGCUUCACCUGUGAAUGCAAAACUGGAUUUAAAAAGGUCCCUUUUGACUUUGAAAAUCCUGAUGAAUGGGGCGUUAAAUGUCAAGCCGUUGAUGAGUGUGAGAAGGCCAUGUGUGAGCACAUGUGUGAAACGUUCCAUGGCGGGUAUAAGUGUGUUUGCAAUCAUGGAUAUGUACUUGAUAAAAACAAUCCCAAAAAAUGCAAAAGGGUUUGCAAUGCAUCUGAAUGUGAGGCUGAAUGCAAUGAAAAAGGAGAAUGCCGUUGCCCAGAAGGAUAUAUACUGGAAAAUGCUGAAAAUAAGGGCAAAUGUGUUGAUGUGGAUGAGUGCUUGGACGGCUCUUGUCAUUGGGAUUGCACUAAUUUAUUUGGGGGUUUUGAAUGCAUCUGUCCAAAGGGCUACACUCUCCACAGUGCUGAAUGUGUCCCAGAUGGGACAGAAGGACCGGGAGGAGUUACUAUAGAUACCACAUCAUCAGGCUCCUUCCCACAAAUUACUUUCAGCAUAGAACCAACUGUACUGAUAGGAAUAUGCAUUGGAAUUAUAUCCAUAUUGGCUGUCCUGAUAGCUAUGGUGUGUCACAUGCUGAGGAAGCACUACAUGGAUCAGCAUGACUUUGACUACAAGCUGAAAAGCACUGAGAAGUAUGUUGUACUACAGCAGGUAAAGACGAUUCCACAAUGGAGAUUAUAGUGAUAACU